CGACGCACAGUUCGACCGCAGCGCGACGUUGAUGUCAGUUUGUGUGUGUGUGUGCAAUAAAAAAACUACGAAUUGCGAAAGAGCAAAAAGGCAAGAGACAAAAAAUAAUUCUACGUUCAGCAAUCAAACAGGCAGCUUGCGGGGAGAAGUGCCAAAACUGUAAAACGGACAAAAGCGGCGCGCGCGGCGUGCGAUGCGCUAAAAAAAAAAAGCAAUAACAGCCAUUCAUUACCAGGGGAGGGUUUUGCUUGCAUGCGUGUGUGCAUGUGUCCUGCACACAGUGUUGCAUUUUGUGCGUGUACGGGGGGGCCGGCUAAAAUCCAAUGAUGUCCGCAUUUGAGGAUGGCCCACAGCAACAACAACUACUACUACAACAGGAACAGCAACAACAACAACAACAAACACAAACCCCGCAGCCGCGCACGCCACUGAGACUCGCAAAUGAGGCCGCCAACAACAGCAGUAGCAGCAGCAGCAGUAGUAGCAGCAGUAAAAACAACAAUAAUUCCAUCAUGGGCAAAGUAAAGUUGCGGGUAUCCAGCAUACUUCCGGAUUCACUAAGCAAAUGGUUUUCACCAACUGCUGACCCAAAUGCCGCCGCCGCCGCAGUCGCUGGGGAACAGUCGUCAUCGUCGUCAUCGCCGCAGCUGCCGCUGUCGCAGCAUAAUGGGAGCGCGUUGACAACUCAAAUCAAACAAAAACACAGCCGUCGUCGCAUACAACUCGAGGCAGAUGAUGCGCCCGAUAUUGCCGUCGAUGACGGCACAAAUGCUCAGGAUCUCAACGAAGAGGAGGUUCAGCUGGCCGAUAACAUAGCCGAACACGAUCUGGCCGGCGAGGAUGAGCAGACGCGUCGCAGCGAAUAUAAUGUUAGUUUAUUGCGCAAACGUCAACUGGUCGCUAACGAAGACGACGACGACGAUGAUGACGAGGACGCCGAAGAGGAGGACGACGACGAAGCCGACGACGGUGCACAGCAACUCAACUAUCGAUCGCAACAGCCAAAUCGCAGUGUUAAUUUCCGCAGCAGUGCGGCACAGCCACUGCAAAAGCGCAAGCGCAUGGAGCCAAUUGAAAGCACGUUCAGUCCUCAAUUUAAUGCACAGCGUCGUCGCCCGCAGCUGCACGCCUCAACGCCAGCUGCCAGCGAUGCACUGCGCAGCCAAGCGCCACCGAAUCGUUUCUCAACGCACUUGAACCUCUACGGACAUCAGCGUCAGCGCGAGCCCGCCUACAAUUUCAUGUCCGCCGGCAACAACAGCAGCAGUGAGGCAGCUGUUGCCACCAGCGGGGAUUUGCCAAUGAGCUCGCGACGCUCAUUGAAUAUUGCGCCAAUGACUGAACGCCGCGAAAUGGCGCUGCCCAGCUAUAAGCGGCAAUCGCUGCUGGGUCAUCGCGGCCUAAUGCCCAACUGGCGCAGCUAUCAGACUAUUAACGAGGUGCCCAAUGAGGAGCAGCAGCAGCAGCAGCAACAACAACAACAACAACAAACAAUGCGCCAGGAGACAAACAACAACAAUAACAACAACAACAAUAUAAUACAGACUAAGCGCAGCGGCGGCACAGAUUCCCAAUCGGAGUGCGAGAGCAAUGAGAGCCAUGCGGCUGGAGGGUCAGGCUUUGGUUGUGGACGCAUGCACAACUUUAACAACAACAACAACAACAUCAAUAGCAAUAGCAACCAAUUAUUUUAUGGCAAUUUGCAGAGCCGGAAAUCGGUGUUCAAUACAAAUGCGAAUGCAACAUCGCUGCUGCAACACCACAAUUCGACACUAUCGCUCAACUCGCUGAAUCAUCGCCGCCGCUUCAACGCCUCCAUAUAUGGCAGCACCUCAGCGUUGAGCGAUAGUCGUCUGUUGAGCAGCAGCAUGUCGGGCAAUUCACCAUUUUAUCAGGGACCCACCGCCUUUGGCGGCAGUUCGGCCAACAAUCGUUAUUUUAGUCAAGGCAAUUUGCCAAUCAAUUCGGGCGGCAGCUCGCCGGCGCCAUCGAAUAGCGAUAGCGUUUGCAGCAACAGUAAUCCUGUUCGCCCCAAUAUCUGUCACAGCAGCUACGGCAUGAAGCCCAUCGAGAUGCGACCACGUGGGAAUCUGUGUGCCGGCGCUGGUGAUGGUAGCGCCAAUGUGCCUGGCUUAUCGCUGACAGCGCAACGUAUACUCAAUCUAUUGGAGAAUCAUACGACGCCGCUUAUGGAUGCCAAGAAAAUGGGUAGCACAUUGCGUGAACAUCAAUUGCAGCGCAGCUCAAGACACCUGACCGCCGGCUCCAAGCCCUAUUCCUAUCCCAAUCAUACUUUGGCAUUUGGCUAUAACACCGGCGGCAACAGCAGCAACAAUAGCAAUAACAAUCGAAAUAGCGAUCCGGAUAAUAGCUCCAAAUUACUGGUGCCCACCAUGCUGCAGUUGCUCGAACGUCGACGUUUGCAUCGUGUGGCGCCCAGCACACGUGCCCUAGUUGAUGCCAAGCAAUUGGAGGAGCAACAGAUGUUGCAGCAACAGCAUCAACAGUCCGCCAAUUUGGCAGCUAACUCCAAUACCACGGUGACGGCCACAGGCACGGCCACGGGCAGCCAGAGUCAUACGAAUAAGAUGCGUUCACGUUUAUCCCAUCAGUUGCGCAAAGAUGCGCGCAUUGUGGAUGAGCAGCAGAUGCCUCCAGCGCCUCUCGAUUUGCCCAAUAUACGUUUUCCAAUGAUGGCCAGCGAGCCGACAUUUGAUUUGGUUAUUGCGCCGCCGCCGAUGUCAACUUCAGCAACAACUGCCCAGCUGCCCAAGCUGAACAACAACAGCAACAACAACAGCAACAACAACAGCAACAACAACAGCAACAACAGCAACAGCAGCAACAGCAACAACAACAGCAGCAACAGCAGCAUUCGCCGUCGCGGCCAUUCAAGCACACGUUAUCAGUUUGCAACACCGCAGCCACUCAAUUGCGCCGAUCCUGCCGGGACAUCUGCGUCGCCACAGAAACGAAUGAAGCAUAAUUUUAUAUUUGAUCCGCCCGUUGCAGUGGAUGAGGCGACCAAGUGUUUGCCCAACUCGUUGCAGUUCAAUGGUGCCACAUGCAACAGCAACUUGAAGAGCACCGGCAGCGUGAUUGAUGUACUGCUGCCGCCCAAGCGCACAGAAGCUCCAGUAGCAGCUCCAGCAGCAGUAACAGCAGCUCCGUUAGCAACGGGAGGAUUUGGUGAUCAGUUUAAGAAAUCCGCCAGUGAAUGGGAGUGCGAGGCGUGCAUGUUGCGCAACAAGCAGGAGCUGAACAAAUGCGUCGCCUGCGAGACGCCCAAGCCAAAACCUAAAGGAGCAGCUAAUGCUGCUGCCUCUGGCCCAACUGCGCCGGCCAUUAACUAUCCAGCUGAGGACGAGACGGCGCGCCUUAAAACCACAAGCCUUGGCACACAGUUGAGCAUGUCCAGCAUUGCCCAAAACAGCGGCAGCAACAGCAGCAGCUUUGGCAGCAACAGCAACAGUUUUCCUAGCGGCUUUGGUGAUGCCUUCAAGCCUCCGGCAAAUAUGUGGGAAUGCGGCUGUUGUAUGAUCAUGAACCCGGCCAGCCUUAAUGAAUGCCUUGCCUGCCAGUCUCCCAAUCCCAAGAGCAGCAACAGCAACAGCAAUAGCAGCACCAACAACACCAACAACAACAACAGCAGCAGCAACAGCUUUAAAUUUGGUUUUGAAGCCGCCGCCGCCGCCGGUACAGCUGUUGUGCAGCCUAAGGCGGACGCCGGCUUCCAGCAGCUGAUCGCGGCACAAAAGUCGAGCAGCUGGAAUUGUGAGGCAUGCAUGGCACAAAAUGAUACCAGCCGCAACAAAUGCAUAUGCUGUGAGCAACUGAAGCCCGGCGCCACUGUCGAGGAAGCUUCAACCGCACCGGCUGUGCCCAAGUUUAUGUUUGGCUUCCCAGCAAAGGCCGCUACAACAGCAGCAACAGCAGCAGGAACGACAACAACAACAACUGUUGCUCCAGUCACGCAGUUCAAAUUUGGGUUCGCGCCCGCUGCAGCAGUAGAUGCUGGCAAGGAUGUGGCCGAUAGCAACAAAACUCUAACAACAACAACAACAGCAGCAGCAGCAACAACAUUCAGUAGUUCAACAACAACAGCAACAGCAGCGACGAAUGUCUUCAAAAUUGGCACAGGAACAGCUGGCAAAACGGUGGACUUCAAGCUUGGCGACAAUGCAGCACAGCAGCAACAGUUGUCGUUGGCAGCGGACAAGCCAGCGCCGGCUAGCAGCAGCAAGGCGCCGGCAACAUCAAGCAGCGGCCAGGACUUGUUUGCAACAACAGUGACUCCAACAUUUGCAUUUGGCGGCAACACAGCAGCAGCAGCAGCAGCAACGACAACAACACCAGGUGCCGCAGCAAAGCCCGCGGAGAGCAAAUUGUUUAACUUUGGCAGCUUUGCGUCCAACACAGCCGUGUCCAGCAGCACCAGCAGCACCAACACCACCAGCAGCAGCAGCAGCAGCAGCGGCGGCAGCAUCAGCUUCAAGCCACCAGCAAAUUUAUUCAAUUUCGGCGGCAGCAGCAACAACGUUAGCAGCAGCAGCAGCAGCGGCACGCUGCCAGCAGCAACGGGGACAAAAACAACAGCUUCGUUUUUAUAUAGCCCACAGACUGCAGCUGCAGCAGCAACAACAGUGGCGCCAGCAACUAGCUUUGCGCCAGCAACUAGCUUUGCGCCAACAGCAACAGUUGCGCCAGCAACUAGCUUUGCGCCAGCUGCCACAGCAACAACGUUUGUCUUUGGCAGCCAAUCAGCUAUGUCAACAGCAGCAGCAGCAGCAGCAGCUAAAACUGCCGUCAGCAGCAGCAGCAGCAACAGCAACAAUUUCUUCUUUGGCGCGCCAGCAACAUCAACAACAGCAGCUAGCACCAAUGCUGGCAAUGCCGGCAUCUUCGGCUCCUCCAUAACAACACCCAAAAGCAGCAUCAGCAGCAGCAGCAGCAGCUUCCAAGUGCCCGCCAGCAGCAACACGGCGAUGUUCACCUUUGGC